AUGAUAUACAAAUUAUCAAACCAAUAGGAAAUGUAAUAAUAUUCUCCUAAUUACGUCGGGAAGUUCUUAUGUAAAUUUUCAACUGAUGAGGGAUUUGCAAAACGAAAUAAUCCAAAACAGAAAUAUAAGUUGAACAUUCUAUCUAUACCAUUACAAAAGAUUAAGGAUAUAAAGUUUUAUCAGAAAAGGCUAUUUGUAAUUGGAGGAGGAGCUCUGUAAGAGGGCAGAACUUUGUUAUGCAAAGUAAAAAAGGGAGAGGAGGAAAUUUAUAAAAUGUAUAAUAAAUAUGGGUACAUUGAACAUGUUUUCGAUGAAUUGUGGUAUUUCUUAAUCAAUGCUGGCUAUGUUAAAUUAAGGGUGAAUUUUGUAGACUUAGGUCCUGAAAAAAAAACCAUAACCUUAGCAGAAAUUUAAGUGUUCAUUACUGAUAAGGCAUUAAAUGACAAUUAUGAACUAAAAAUUUUAAGGUAUAAUAGAAAAACUGGAAUCAAAAAUGACAUGCCAAAAUAUGAAAAAUACCAAUAAUAAUAGCUAUUCCAUUAAGAGGAAAUCAGGAUGGAACAUCAAAGAUUUGCCAGACUUUCCUUAUUGCUUAUGUUUGACUUUAUGAACAUUUAAGUUGAAACUCCAGCUCUUGUCAAGUCCGACAAGCAAUUCAAAAUAUUCUUCACCCAAUAUUGCUACUUUCAUGAGAGAUACAAGUCCCAGCCUGUAAAUUAGUUAAUGAAGUCAUAUCAUAGGCCUAUUAUUGACAGCCAGGAUUACUUCAAAGCCUAUAUCAACAAUAAACAUUUUUAUAAUAAAUUGUUUUCUCUUGAACUGAUUAAGAAACUGGCCUUAUCAAAGCAAGGGAGCUCAAAAUAUCUGUCAAAUAAUUAGCCCUAUAAACCCAAAAUGGAGAAGAUUCAUCCUCUUUUUCAUGUUUAGUUUCAACGAGUGGCAGUAGCAUUUUAUUAAGCAAUCCUUAGUUUCAUUCGAAGAUCAAUGAGUUCAGUUGUCAAAUAAUAAUAACCCUCAUAUUCGGAUUAUGUUCUUAAAACCAUAUUUUUAUCUACGAUUCCAGUUCAAAAUAAUUACCUGAAUGAUGAAUUAUACUAAGAUUAGCAUUAAAACUUUAUUGAGGCGAGGGAAACCAUUUCAAAUAAUUUGAAUGAAGAUUGUGGAGUGGAAUUAUUGAGUGAUGAAAAAGUAAAGAUUUAUGAGGAUUCUAAAAAUCAAAUUCUAGAUUACUUCUAUGUUGAUUAUGUUGUAAAGGUGGAUAAAAACAAAAACUAAAGGGAUUAUGAAACUUUAUUAAAGCAAGAGCAAGAGUCUUAUUACGAAGAGACCAAACUUCAAUAGAAAAAACAAAAUGAAGACAUUUUGCAAUAAGACUUAAAUAAUAUAUUCGUUGCUAACAUAUAAUUGCAAGAAUACAACACGCCUAAGCAAAUGCUAUCAUAAUUGAAAUAACAUCAAAAGCAGGCUUUAUAUUGGAUGCUUUUGAGAGAAGGCCAUAUAAUAGACCAGACCUAAGACUAAAAAUAAAAGUUAUCUCCUUUGUGGCAAUAGCUCAAACUCCUCAAUGGAGAUACCAUUUAUGUAAAUACUUUUACAGGAAAGAUUUCAAAAGAGUUUAUACCGGUCUAAGAAACAAAGGGUGGAAUAUUAGCAGAUGAAAUGGGAUUGGGAAAAACAAUUAUGGCAUUGGCAUUGAUAUUGGAGACUCAUAAAAAAGGGUAAUAAACCUUGAUAGUCGUACCAAAAUCGGUGUUGCUGUAAUGGGAGAAAGAAAUUUAAACUCAUUCAAAGCCUAGAAGUCUUUAGGUAUUGGUAUAUUAUAAAUAAUAAUCUCGCAGUUAAAAGAUUAAAUUAAAGGAUUAUGAUAUAAUUUUGACAACUUAUGCUAUAUUAGCGUCUGAUUAUUCGAUAUGGACAUAAAUAAACGAGAUGGAAUAAGAAUAAUAAUAAAAAUUAGAUUAACCAUAAUAAGAAUUAGAAUUAGAAUAAUAAGAGCAAUAGUAAUAAUAACCAAAAUAAUAACAACAAAAAUAAUAACAAAAAAAGUAGCCAUUAAAAAAAUAAUCUUAAAAACAUAAACAUUCAAUUUCAUAAGAAGAAGAUUCUUCUAACUCUAUGUAGAGUGAUUCAAUUUCUGAUUAAUCAAUUUCAUAUUCAAUAAGCCUUAAUAAAAUAUCAGAGGAAUAGAAGGAAGAAGGAAAGCCUUAAUAAAAGAAAAAGAAACUCACUCAAAAAUAAUUGGAGAAGGCAAAAAAUGAAAAUAAUUUGUUUAAACUGAAUUAUUAUAGAGUAAUUUUGGAUGAAGCUCACAACAUUAAAACUAGAUCCACACUGUAAACUAGAAGUGCCAUAUCUUUAUAAAGUCAGUUUAGAUGGUGUUUAACAGGAACGCCUAUGUAAAACAAACAUGAUGAUUUAUUCAGUUUACUCUAAUUUUUGCAAGUCGAAACGUUUUCGGAAUACUUUUGGUGGAAUACAUACAUAAACAAAGAAGAAAAUGAGGAUGAUCAACAAAGAAUCUUGGCUUAAAUCCUUCAACCUAUAAUUUUGAGGAGAACCAAGAAUUCAUAAUAGUUUGAAGGUUUACAAUAAGUAAUUGAGAAUAUCCAUUGGGUCGAAUUGGAUUAGAAGGAAAGAAUGCUUUACAAAAAGUUGCUUUCCGGUUCAUAGAAUCUGUUCAAAAGUUUUGUGAAGAACACUUCAAAUCAAAGCUAUGUUCAUAUUUUUUAGAUUAUUAAUAAACUAAGAGUUGCAUGCAAUCAUCCUUAAUUGGCUCUCAAAGACAUUAAUUUAUAGCAGACACCCUUAGAGAAGGUAUUGGAUAAAAUAGACAAAUUUUUUAUGGAAAAAACUCAUAAUGGAAAUAAAAUCACAGAGGAAUACAAAUAAAAUUUGAUUGAAAACAUAAAAAACGGAAGCAUUACAGAAUGUCUAAUAUGCACUAAAAGUUAAAUUAGUGUUUUUAGUUUAUCUUCAUGCGGACAUAUCUAUUGCAAAGAAUGCUUUGGAGAGACUGUUGUUAAACUCAAGAAUUGUCCAUCUUGUCGUACAAAAUUAACAAUCUAAGAUUUAAUUGAUGUUGUCGUAGAGAAUGAAAAUGUAUUUGAAGAAUUACAAAGUUUGUAAUUUGGACUUAGUUCAAAAUUGGAGGCUGUAAUUAAAGAGACCAAAGUGAUUAAACAAAAAAAGGAAAAAGUACUUAUUUUCACUUAAUGGAUUGAAAUGAUCGGAUUAUUGGAAAAUUAAUUUAAAGACAGCGGUAUUAUCGCUUAUCGUAUUACUGGUUCAAUGACUGUGGAUAAGAGAGAAAAAAUAAUCAAAAAUUUCAAAGAAUAACAAGAUGUCACAGCACUUAUACUGUCUCUGAGAGCAACGUCUACAGGGUUAAAUUUGACUAUGGCUAGUAAUGUAUUCUUGGUGGAUCCAUGGUGGAAUCCUGCUAUUGAAGAUCAAGCCAUAGGAAGAGCCGAUAGAAUAGGACAACAGAAUCAAGUUAAAGUAGUGAGAUUUUUGUGCAGGAACACAAUUGAGUAAUAAAUAAACUUGUUGCAUCAAAAGAAAAAAUUCUACAUCAAAAGAGCUCUCAGUAAUAAUUAACAAAAGGAAUAAGAAUUGGAAGAUUUCAAAUUUUUAUUGUUUUAAGAAUGA